UUUAAACAGUUAAACCUCAGAUUUUAGACUUCAGAGUGCUGAAAUGGGACGUAAAGUGACGUUGGCGACGUGCUCUUUGAACCAGUGGGCUCUGGACUUUGAAGGAAACUUGGACAGGAUCCUGAAAAGUAUCGAGAUCGCUAAAUCUAAAGGAGCCAAGUACAGACUCGGACCUGAGCUGGAAAUAUGUGGUUAUGGCUGUGCAGAUCACUAUUAUGAGUCUGACACUUUGCUGCACAGUUUUGAAGUUCUUCGUAAACUUCUGGAGUCUCCGGUGACUCAGGACGUCAUCUGCGACGUGGGAAUGCCCAUAAUGCAUCACAACGUGCGCUACAACUGCAGGGUGGUGUUCCUCAACAGGAGGAUUCUUCUGAUCAGACCUAAGAUGGCUCUGGCUAACGUGGGCGUCCACAGGGAGCUGCGCUGGUUUUCUCCCUGGAGCCAAACCAGGCAGGUUGAGGAUUAUUUUCUCCCUCGAAUGAUCCAAGAAGUGACUGGACAGGAAACGGUGCCGUUUGGGGACUGCGUCCUGUCCACUAAAGACACGUGUAUCGGCUCAGAGAUCUGCCACGAGCUGUGGAGUCCAAACAGUCCUCACAUUAACAUGAGUCUGGACGGAGUCGAGAUCUUCACAAACGGUUCAGCGAGUCACCACGAGCUCCGCAAAGCCGACCAGAGAGUGAAGCUCGUCACCGCCGCCACCGCCAGAUGCGGAGGGAUCUACCUGUACUCAAACCAGAGAGGCUGUGACGGGGACCGGCUCUACUACGACGGCUGUGCCAUGAUCUGCAUCAACGGAGACGCCGUUGCCCAGGGCGCCCAGUUCUCCCUCGACGACGUGGAGGUGCUCACGGCGACUCUGGACCUGGAGGACGUGCGGAGCUACAGAGGAGAGCGAUGCCACCCCCACCUGGAGCGCGGCCUCAGACCCUGCCCCAGAGUCACAGUGGACUUCAGUCUGUCCAGCUCCGACGACGUUUUCCUCCCGACUCACGACCCGAUGGACUGGAGCUUCCACACGGCCGAGGAGGAGAUAAGUCUAGGGCCGGCCUGCUGGCUCUGGGACUACCUGAGGAGGAGUGGACAGGCUGGUUUCCUGUUGCCUUUGAGCGGCGGCGUGGACAGCUCCUCGACGGCGUGUAUCGUCUUCUCUAUGUGUGUGCAGGUCUGCGAGGCCGUACGCAGCGGAAAUUCCCAGGUGCUUCUGGACGUGCGGCGGGUGGCGGGAGACGACUCGUACCGUCCAGACGAUCCCAGGGAGCUGUGCGGCCGCCUCUUCACCUCCUGCUACAUGUCCAGUGAAAACUCCUCCACGGAAACGAGGAGCAGAGCCCACGAGCUGGCCCGGCAGAUCGGCAGCACACAUCUGAACAUCAACAUCGACCUGGCGGUGAAAGGCAUUCUGGGGAUUUUCUCCGCCGUCACCGGGAUGUUUCCAAAGUUUAGAGCCAACGGAGGCGGCGACAGAGAGAACGUCGCCCUGCAGAACGUCCAGGCUCGUGUUCGGAUGGUUCUCUCGUACCUCUUCGCUCAGCUGAGCCUUUGGGCUCGGGGCAAACCUGGAGGACUCCUGGUGCUUGGGUCUGCAAAUGUAGAUGAAAGUCUGACUGGAUAUUUCACUAAGUACGAUUGUUCCAGCGCCGACAUCAACCCCAUCGGAGGCAUCAGUAAAACCGACCUGAAGGCCUUUCUGAAGUUCUGUGUGGACAGGUUUAAACUCACUGCUCUCACAAGCAUCCUUGCGGCGCCCCCUACAGCUGAACUGGAGCCACUGAUAGAUGGACAGGUGUCUCAAACAGACGAGGCGGACAUGGGGAUGACGUACUCAGAGCUGUCUGUGAUUGGCCGACUGAGGAAGAUCUCAAAGUGCGGUCCUUUCAGUAUGUUCUGUAAACUCAUCCACAUGUGGAAGGACACGCUCUCACCAGCAGAGGUGUCUGACAAAGUGAAGCGCUUCUUCCGGAUGUACUCCAUAAACCGACACAAAAUGUCCACCGUGACGCCGUCGUACCACGCCGAGGUCUACAGCCCCGACGACAACCGCUUUGACCUGCGCCAGAUCCUCUACAACACUCGCUGGAGCUGGCAGUUUAGAGCCAUCGACGCCCAGGUGUCUCAGAUUUCUCCACAGGAGGAUCCUCUGGAAGAAUGA